AUGGCUUCUAUCAUGUCCGCCCCAGACUACUCGAUGGCUGCGACCAGUCGCUCGCUCAGUGUUCGUCUUCCCAAGGACUCCCUGUACUCAUCACUGAGAGAAUCAUCCCGUUACUUCAACUUCGACUCGGAGACGGCCAAGCUCGCCAGAGAUGCUGACGACUGGCUCGCCACGCAUCCUGGCGGCUCAGGCUCCAACGAGUCAAAGGACGGCAACGGUGUAAGUCGGCCGUCGUCAAUCGCUCCUAGCAACUUCAGUGUUCGGUCUUUGCCUGCAGACUACAACAUGCCAGAUUACCACCGUAAGGAAGCUCCUCAUCCGGUGAUGGGAUCUGUGCGGUAUAACGAUAUCAGACCCCGGUCUGCUGUACCAACAGAGAGCACUGAGAAGCUUCAGUCACCUCCCACGAGCGGAGCAGAGAAUGGGCCUCAACAAGAGUAUCCUACUGGUUUGAAGCUCGCCUUGAUCACUCUAGCCCUCUGUCUGGCUGUCUUUGUCAUGGCGCUGGACAACUCCAUCAUUGCAACCGCAAUUCCAAGAAUCACCGACGCCUUCGAAAGUCUCAAUGACGUGGGGUGGUACGGGUCGGCAUACAUGCUUACAACAGCCGCACUGCAGCUGUUCUUUGGCAAGCUGUAUACCUACGGCAGCAUAAAGUGGACGUUCCUAACAGCCAUCGCCAUCUUUGAGGUGGGUAGUCUCAUAUGCGGUGUCGCUCCUGACAGUGUCACGCUUAUCGUGGGACGAGCCAUCGCCGGCGUCGGUGGCGCUGGCAUCUUUGCCGGAGCACUCACCAUCCUUGCCUUCUCGGUGCCUCUUCACAGGAGACCUAUCUAUACUGGUCUCGUCAGCGGUAUGUGGGGAAUUUCUUCCGUCGCGGGGCCUUUGCUUGGUGGUCUCUUCACAGACAAAGUAACCUGGCGAUGGUGCUUCUACAUCAACCUCCCCAUUGGUGCUAUCACCGUGAUUGUUAUUUUCUUCUUCUUCCCUGAGCCCGAGCGUGAUAUCGAGCCUGCAACGUGGCGAGUGCGCUUCUGGCAGCUCGAUCCCAUUGGGACCGCUAUUUUCAUGCCUGCCAUUGUUUGUCUUCUGCUUGCUCUGCAAUGGGGCGGCGUUGACUACGAGUGGGAUGACUCAACCAUCACGUCCCUGUUCAUGCUGUCAGCCUUCCUGCUCAUCUUGUUUGUGUUUGUGCAAAUCAAGAUGGACGAGAAUGCGACGGUGCCUCCUCGUAUCGCCAAGAUGCGCACUGUUUGGGCUGGCGCCUUCUUCUCGUUCAAUACGGGCGCGUGUUUCCUCACUGCAAUGUAUUUCUUGCCCAUCUGGUUCCAAGCCGUGCAGGGACAAAGCCCCAUCAUGUCUGGUGUCAGGAACCUCCCCAUGCUUCUUGGCAUCGUCCUCUUUGCCAUGGCAGCUGGUGCAGCUGUUACUACCUGGGGCUAUUACACGCCCUUCAUGAUCGCCGGCUCAAUCCUCAUGGCGAUCGGCUUUGGCAUCAUCACCACCUUUGAAGUAGAGACAUCAACAGCCAAAUGGGUAGGCUACCAGCUCAUCGCCGGCAUAGGCGUAGGCAUCGGACUCCAGCAAUCCCUCAUUGCCGUGCAAGUCGUGUGCGAAAUGGUCGACGUCCCCACGGCCACAGCGCUGAUCGUCUUCUCCCAAACCCUCGGAGGCGCACUCUGCGUGACGGCGGGCAACACCGUCUUCACCAACACGCUCAUCAACAAGAUCCACGAGCAUGUGCCGGGGCUCGAUCCGUACUUUGUGAUUGCCACAGGCGCGACGAAUAUCCGCAACGUCAUCAGGGCUGAGUGGCUGGACGGGGUGAUUCUCGCGUACAACGACGCGCUGACGACGAGCUUCUACGUUGGCGCUGGGACUGCAUCGGCGACCAUUAUUGGCGCGUUGUUGGUUGAGUGGAGGAGUGUGAAGGGUAGGGAGAUUGAGAUGGCGGGUGCUUAG